AUGGCCUUCAAACCUGACGACCCCUGUAGUGGGUUUCUCCAUGGCAAGGUUGUGGCCUACAUCAACGAGAAGAUGGCCAGGCACGUGAAAGGCCCUGAGUUCUACCUUGAGAAUAUGUCUUUGUCCUGGGAGGAGGUGGAAGAUAAGAUCAGAACCAUCCUGGAGGACAGCGAGAUGUCCAGCCAGGCCCAGGAAGCCUGCGCUUGGAGCAGCCUGGCUCUGGGUGUGCGCUUGGCUCGCAGGCAGGGACAUUUACAGGGAUGCAGGGUGCAGUGGCUGCACGACUUUGCCAAACUACACAAGUCAGCUGCCCAUGCCCUGGCCUCAGACUUGAAGCAGCUUGGAGCACAGCAGGAGAUGGAACGCAAGGAGGCUGCCUUGCAGUUGCGGCUGGCCCAGGCCAAACUGGCAGAGGUGCAGAAAGAGCGGGAUCUACUGAGGUGGAAGCUUCUCAGGGCGGAGCUGAGGGCCCUCCCAGCCCAGGCUGUAGAGGGGCCAGGCUUGGCCACUGCCAGAGGGGCAGGGACCGAAGUAACAGGUGAGAUGGAAGAAGCAACAGCUGCUGCAGAUGAUGCUACAGGAGGAGGAGGAAGAAGAGAGGAGAGUGAUGCAGUGGGAGCCGCCCCCAUGGAGGCAGAACAGGAGAUGGGUGGGAGCUUCCUGCAGCUUCUCGGAACUACUGAGCCAAAAAAUUACACCUCUGGUGGGCAGAGGGAGGGAGAACACAGAUCCAUGGAAAAUACCGUGUUUUCUCUUGCUGGGACCCUGAAUCCUGGGUCCAUAGCCUCAUCAGAACCCCUCCCUGUUCAGCUCCCUGCCUCAUUCUCUUACUCAUAUUCAUCCCCUUUGUCCCCCUUCCCAGCCUCACCCUCACCCUCACCCUCACCCUCAUCAUCUCCACCAACAGGCAUGGUCACAGCACCUGCUCCACCUCAGAUGCUUCCCCACAGCUCAGCCUUUGAUGUUAGCCUGUGGUGGUCUGAUAUGGAGGCCCAGGGAUUAGACCCUCCAGAAACCCUUAAUAGGAAAGACUUUGAAUCCCAUCAGCAGAGAAAACCUCCGGUUUUUCGCUGGCCUGGGGAUUGGGACUGCCCUUGGUGUAAAGCUGUGAAUUUUUCACGAAGGGAAAGUUGCUUCCGCUGUGGGAGGGGAAUCUGGCUGCAAAGCCCUUAG